AUGGAGAAGGUGGCUCCUCCGAUCUUUAUGCACCAAGCACUUCAAAGUCGGUUCUGUGAUGUACCGAUGACUACUACCGCCACCACGAAGAAGCGCGAUCUGUCGUACGACGUCGAUAAGAGCAGCUCCAACGGUAAUUGGAAUCCAAACGCGUGGAGCUGGGACAGUGUCAGGUUUAUCGGGAAGCCAGUACCGCAGCAAAACGGUGUCGUUUCAGUUGAGGAAGAAACGCUGCGUUUAAAUCUCGGUAGCAGUGGUGUUAGUGGCAGCGGCGGAAGCGUUGACCCGAGCGUGUCGCGGCCGAGUAAGAGAGUGCGUUCUGGUUCACCCACCGGAACGGCGUCGUAUCCGAUGUGCCAGGUGGAUAACUGCAAGGAAGAUCUGUCAAGUGCAAAAGACUAUCAUAGAAGGCACAAAGUGUGUGAGCUUCAUAGCAAAGCCUCGAAGGCCCCCCUUGGGAACCAAAUGCAAAGGUUCUGCCAGCAGUGUAGCAGGUUUCACCCUUUGACGGAGUUUGAUGAAGGGAAGCGAAGCUGUAGACGUAGACUGGCUGGGCACAACCGCCGGAGAAGAAAGACCCAACCGGAAGAUGUCACGUCGCAGCCUGAGAGUGUGGCUACUGGAAAUGCAGAAAUCUUCAAUUUAUUGAGUGCCAUAGCAAGUUCACAAGGUCAGAAGCCAAAUGGUAAGUUUGAGGACAGAAGCAAGAUUGCGUCACAAGUUCCGGAUAAAGACCAGCUUGUUCAGAUUCUUAAUCGGAUACCGUUGCCAGCUGAUCUUGCAGCAAAGUUGCUCAAUGUUGGCGGUAAAGGUCAAAUACAAACUUCAUCUUAUCAUCAUGACAAAGUGAACCAGAGCAAUUCUGGUCCAUUAACGAAGGACUUGCUUGCUGUUCUUUCAACCACUUUAUCAGCAUCUACUCCCAACUCUCAAAAGAGUAGCCAGAGUAGUGACAGUGAGAAGUCUAGGGCUAGUGCUGACCAAGUUGGUGAAAGUUUACAAAUGAGACAAUAUCCACAAGAAUUUGCUUCUGUUGGAGACGAAAGAAGUAGUGGCAGUUCGCAAUCUCCAGUUGAAGAUUCAGACUUCCCAGAAGUUCGAGUUAAUUUGCCACUGCAACUCUUUAGUUCUUCUCCUGAAGUUGGCAACCCGCCAAAAUUGACACCUUCGCAAAAGUAUUUCUCUUCUGACAGCAGUAAUCCUGUGGAAGAGAGGUCACCAUCAUCUUCCCCUGCUGUGGACAAUCAAUUCGAUUUGCAAGGUGUGGCUAGAGGUCUCAAGGCUGACGGCGUUCCAAGCAGAAGAGAAGUAAAUGCAAAUAAAGAAGCUAGCCAAAGUCAAAGUUAUAAUAUAUCUCUUAAUCUCUUUAAUGCGCCAAAUAGCAGAGUCCAGCCUAGCUCACUUCAAAGUGUUCCAUUUCAAGCUGGAUAUGCAUCUUCUGGUUCUGAUCACUCACCUCCAAGUUUGAAUUCAGAUGCUCAGGAUCGCACUGGGAGAAUAAUGUUCAAGCUAUUUGACAAAGAUCCUAGUCAUUUCCCUGGAACACUGCGAACACAGAUUUACAAUUGGCUUUCUAAUAGUCCAUCAGAUAUGGAGAGCUACAUUAGGCCGGGCUGCGUGGUACUGUCGCUUUAUGCUUCAAUGUCCUCUGCUGCCUGGGAGCAACUAGAAGAAAACUUCCUGCAACAUGUCCAUUCUUUAAUUCAAAGCAAUUCCGACUUUUGGAGAAUUGGAAGGUUUCUGGUUCAUUCUGGCAAUCAGUUAGCAUUACACAAAGAUGGAAAAAUUCACUUAUGCAAGCCAUGGAGAACUUGGAGGUCUCCUGAAUUGAUAUCAGUGUCCCCUUUGGCAAUUGUUAGUGGACAAGAAACCUCUUUUUCAUUGAAGGGUAGAAACCUGUCAAAUCCUGGCACCAAGAUUCAUUGCACAGGUACUGGCGGUUACACGCCCAUAAAAGUUGUUGAAUCUGCAUGUUAUGGUAUGACCUAUGACAAGAUAAAAUUGAGUGGUAUUAAAGUUCAGGAUGCUUCUCCUGGUCUUUUGGGUCGCUGUUUUAUCGAGGUAGAAAAUGGUUUCAAGGGUAGCAGUUUUCCAGUGAUAAUAGCUGAUGCAACCAUUUGUAAGGAAUUGAGACCACUUGAAUCUGAAUUCGACAAGGAAGAAAAUGCAAGUGAUGCCAUUUCAGAUGAGCAUGGAUAUGAUCUUGGAAGACCAAGGUCAAGGGAGGAGACUCUACACUUCCUGAAUGAGCUUGGGUGGUUAUUCCAAAGAAAAAGGUUCUCAUAUACGGAUUUGGUUCCAGAUUAUUCACUUGACAGAUUCAGAUUCAUACUUACAUUUUCUGUGGAAAGAAAUUGCUGUAUGCUAGUUAAAACACUCUUGGAUAUGUUGGUUCAAAAAUACUUGGAAGGCCAAUGGUCGUCAACGGCAUCAUUGGAGAUGCUCAACGCAAUCCAACUCCUGAAUAGAGCGGUUAAAAGAAAGUAUGUUAACAUGGUUGAUUUGCUCAUUCAGUAUGCUGUGCCUAGCAACAAUGAUGCAUCCCGGAAGUACGUAUUUCCGCCAAAUGUUGCUGGCCCUGAUGGUAUUACGCCAUUGCACUUGGCAGCAUGCACAUCGUCAUCUGAGGGUGUAAUUGACUCUUUGACAAAUGAUCCGCAGGAGAUUGGGUUGAACAGCUGGGAUUCUCUUCUAGAUGCAAAUGGGCAGACUCCGCAUGCUUAUGCCAUGAUGAGGAAUAAUCAUUCUUAUAAUGUGCUGGUUGCUCGAAAACUCUCCAAUAGAAGAAGAGGCCAUGUUUCAGUAACAAUUAAUAGCGAGAUAGAGCAUUCAUCAAUGGACAUCGAGCUUAAGCAAAGGCAAAGUGACCAAACCAAAAGAGGUCAGAAUUCCUGCACUAAGUGUAGUGCAAUGGCGGAUGUUCGUUACAGCAGCAGAAUCCCUGGUUCACGGAGCUUUGGUCACCACCGACCCUUUAUUCAUUCGAUUCUAGCUAUUGCCGCUGUAUGUGUCUGUGUCUGUCUGUUCUUGCGAGGACACCCUUGGGUUGGCUCGGUUACGCCCUUCAAUUGGGAGAAGUUGGAUUAUGGCACCAUAUAACUGCUAUUGCUAGACAAGUUUGGCAUAAAGGGAAUCGGAGUCAUCAACUAGGGGGUAACAAAAGAACCCAAUGGUUGCUGUUUUCGUCGCAGGCGGAACUGCUUUUCUUGGGGAACGGGCAUUGUAUUGAGAGCCCAACAUAAACACCUCACACAUCGAUAUCGAUCGAUACAGAGCUGUUUGGAAGAUCAAGGAGAAAGAAAGUGUGGCUGCCCUAGUGCCUUCUUUGCAGAUUCUGACUUGAGAUAAGGUCCUAUUGGAAUUUCAGAAUUAAGGGUAUCAAUGUUCUCGAGUUAAAAUAGUGUUGAACACUAAUAAAAAUCUCACAACAUAGUCCCUUAGAAAUCAAACUAUAUCAUUCCACUUUUAGGGAAAUCAUUAGUGUUUUUAAGGAUCAUGCUGGAGAUUUCAUUUGUUAAGAAACUUAUAUGUCCAAAACUAUUCUACUCCAGGAUGAAUUUGGUUGUUUACUCCAUGUUCAAGUUGGAAGGUGGUGCAUGGCUUCAAGAACAAAGCAGUUGACUUAUGAGAGCAGUAAGGCCACAAGUACAGGGUAUUAUGAUUAAGUGGCUGUGUAAUUAUGAUGUUUCUGCUGACCAUCUGUAUGAUGAUGAUGAUGAUGAUUAUUAUUAUUAUUAUUAUUAUUAUUAUUAUUAUUAAA